CUCAUGCCUCUAGCCACCCACAAAGAAAUAUAAGGGCCUUCCAGACCUUCUCUUGAAAUGGCUGAAUCUACAACACUGAAUGCUGCUAGUUCCCCACAGUUGAUGGAGGAUGGGCUCACUGAUGGGGAUAGGUGGCUGAUUGAGGUACGUUGUGUGCAAUCACAUUCUACCAAGCUGACAUGCUUGUGCUCUGAGCACUUGUUGUUAGGAGGUAGACAGUGUAAAGAAGAGCACAUACGUAUAACUGAAUGUGAUACUAUUCCUUAAUUGAGACAAGUAGAUCUACUCGUAGUAUAGCCUCCUUCACCGGCCUUCAUAGAAAAGAAGGCCUGCUAUCGACUGCUUGCGCAUGCACCAAAUUAUUGGAUAUUUUUCCCCGUAAAAUUUCCUAUAAUACUGGAUUCAUCAGAGAAAAUAUCCUAAAAGUCAUACACAGAGCUAUAUAGCUAGCUAGCUAGAGACAGAGCUAUGUAGGUUUGUUGUACAGCUAUUUUCUUUUGAUACAAUUAGUAGCAGUAAUAUAGUAGACUUUCACCAAAUAUAGUGUUAAAUGGGCGUGGCCUGUCCAUAUAGGCUCUUGUCAGCCUUCACUCCGUUCAGACGAUCGUCAUCCACACUGUUGCAGGCUGUGAGUCUUUUGUUAACAUAGCAGGCUAAGGGUAGCUAUUAGAGAAUGCUAUCAGAUGGGCUAGCAACUCAAUCGAACUUUCUAUCUACUUCCUUCAAUCCACUUUCGUUCCUUGUGAUGUCACAGUUUUACUGAGCAUAUACGAUGUUAUCCAAAGCCCCCAGAUACCGGGGGAAUAUUAGCGCAUGCGCAAGCAGUCGAUACCAGGCCCACUUCCCUAAGUGAAGUGGGAAGUGCGGCCUGGGAUCGAGGCUACUCGUAGUAGUACCUGAAAGUAUGCAUGGUUAAUCAAGUGUUUCAGUCUGCAUGUUUGGCUGUCCACAUUGUUUCCUCUCUCCUGUGUCAUGCAAUCACCAGUGUACUGUAUCACUGCACUAAUGUUCUCUUCUUUCCAUUUCAUGCAUCUCCACCUCACCUUUGACUGACCCUCUGAAACAACAGCUUGUAAGUUGGUGUGUGUUGUCAGAGUAUUUAGUGUCUGUUGCAUAUUCUGUGAUGUUUCUACUUCCCCAUUAUUACUCUUGUGUGUGUGCAGUGCCAUAAUGUUAUAUAGGGAAAUAUUUAGUAUGAUCACAUUCAACCUCGUAAUCAUUCAUUUACUAUCUUCCCACUGUUUGCCCUGUGGACUCUCCCUCUCUGGAUCAACAGUAUGUAAGUUGUGUUUCCACGUGCACACUCAUUUUAAUGGUUACUAGGAACUCGUAAAUUAUCUUUGUCUCUUUCCAUAUUGCCAACUUUGUAUUAACCGAGGCCCACACAACUUAUUAGGUUGUAGUUUUAAUAUUCGUAGAAUAUACACCUAAGUUCAUUAGUUGGUACGUACAUUAUCGUGUUUGCCUCUUCCCAUGCACACACUCAUUCCUAUGUUGGACCACACACUGAUUUGGACUACUGUAGGAGGUGAGCUUCUUACGAGUACUCAAUGUCCACACACUAAAAUGGUUCAGCUGCAAUGUGUACGGAUGUAGAACUCGUAAAUUAUCUUUGUCUCUUUCUAUAUUGCCAACUUGGUAUUAACCGAGGCCCACACAACUUAUUAGGUUGUAGUUUUAAUAUUCGUAGAAUAUACACCUAAGUUCAUUAGUUGGUACGUACAUUAUCGUGUUUGUCUCUUCCCAUGCACACACUCAUUCCUAUGUUGGACCACACACUGAUUUGGACUACUGUAGGAGAAUUGGUUUAAGAGCGUGAGUUUAUUGCAUGUACAUAUAAUGGCAUACUAGGCUGACUUGUAUACAUGUACUACUGCAUGAAGGCAGAAAGAAUAACUUGCGUGACUUUAUUUAGGAUUAGUACGUACUGAAAGUUUCAUGCUGCACAGACGUUAGACUGGCGGCGAUAGAGCGACUGGCAAACUGCCUGUCAGUCACUUGUCUCAGCGGAAGUGUAAUAGAUCGUAUGACACUACUAAACAUGAAUAUCGUUAUAGAUAAUGUGGUUAAAUUUUGCUACGAGAUUCAGCUACUAUGGAAUGCACUGAAUCCCCUGAAGUGUAAGUGCGGUUACAAUUACAGGGCUAAUAUUACGUUGAGCAAUCUGAUAGGCUGCAAUGCUCGUUGCAGCUGAGACGAGUGACUGAUAGGCAGUUUGCCAGUCCCUCGCGCUACGCACGCGAGGGGCUGUCGCCGCCAGUCUAUACAGACGUGUACUUGCAAUAAUUGAUGUAUACAUGUGUGAAUGCAUUCGUGUAUUUGAACAUGUUCAUUUCUCUACAUGUCCGUGUCCUACUGCUUGUUAAUGUGACUACUGCUAAUGAUUACUGGAACAACAGUAUGUAAGUUACAGUAUGCAGACAUGUAUGAAUGCACUCACUGCUCCUACCAUCAUCCCCCUCUCUCUGUUUCCAUGUGUGUCUUACGCUGGUGUCUCAUUGGACUAAACAGAAGGUGAGCGGGACACUGCACUGACUUGUGACUGUACUUGUGUCAGUAAUGUUUGAGUUGCAUGAGUACAUGUGUAUUGGCAUUCAUAGUGUACAGGUUUGUGAUUAUAUUCCUUUCUCUCUCCCUACAUUUCCAUGGUUACUGAAUAUCUGGAACGAUAGAGAGAUAAGGCUGAGGAGGAGAGUAAACUGAAGCGUCAUGAGACGAGAAGAGCUGCCCUCCAACAGAGACUGUCUGGUGACAUCACUGACCAGGACCGGAGACAACUGCAGGGAGAGCUGGAGGAGGUGGAGGGGGAGAUCAAGAAGUGUGUCUCAGGCAUACAACGAUGUGAGGGGAACAUACAUAUGUGUGAGAAUGAGAUUGCUAGGAUACGAGGAGAAGGAGAGGAGAGGCGGAGAAAGGAAGAAUCGAAGCUAUCAGCAAAGCGGUUGUUUGAUGAGGCGAUGAAGCACGGACACGUCUCGGUCAACAUUGUCAACAUGCUUGUGUUUGGACCUGCGGGAACAGGGAAGACCAACCUCAAGCACCUGCUAACUGACAAGCCCCCUCCACUACAGCGAGACAGCACUCCUUGUAUGGAAAAGCCAGUACGCAUUCGACCCGUGUCCAACACGAAAUUCAAGACAACUGGAAGAGGCUGGGAAGAGAUAUCUCAGCCAAAGAUGCUCAAUCUACUAGCUGAAAUCAUUGCCAAGUUACCAAAAGAAAGCACCGAUCACCUAGUUCGAAAAAUCACUGAUCGCUCCAUGGCAUCACGGAUUGCCAAUGGCUUGAAGAAAAUGAUGAUGGCAUUAAGGAUUCCCAAGAGAAUGACCACAACCAAGCCAACUUCUGGUUCCAAAUUGAGCCCAUCGACGAACGAUUCCGAUGAACUUUCUGGCUCUGCAAGAAUGUUGGACAAAGCCAUUGAUGAAGUGAUAGCGAGUGUAGUGAGUGGUGUGGCAGAAGAGCUGCCAGCCACACAGGGAACUGACCAACUGUCGAGCAGUGACCAGCAAGAAGGAGAACUGUUUGAUUCCAACUGGGUGUAUGUUACCGACUGCGGCGGCCAGCCGCAAUUCCACGAUGUCAGCCCUCUCUUCAUCAAGCACAUUUCGGUGGCGUUGAUAGUCCUGCGUUUGAUUGACGAACUCUCCAGUUUCCCUUCUGACGAGUACUACAAGGAUGGGCAGCUUGUUGGUAGUCCUCAUGCAUCUCACAUGACCCUCGGGGAGACACUUCAGAGUCUGAUUCGAUCGAUUGAGUCCCAUACCUCACAAGACAAGAAGCCAAGUAUGAUCUUUGUGGGAACAUUCUUGGAUCAACUGGAGGAGAGCUCGGAUACACUUAUCAAGAGGAAUGAAGAGAUUCUCGACAUGCUGCCACCCGAUAUCAAGAAGCUAUUGGUGUACAAUGAUCCUGGAUUGAACAAUCUUAUUUUUGGUCUCAGCACAAUCAGCCGAGAUGACGAUUCACUGGCCACUGCCAAUAGGAUUAGAAUUGCUGUUGAGGACUCUAUUCCGCUACAAGUCAAAAUGCCCAUCUGGUGGUCCUUCUUGGAUUCACUUCUCCAGAGUUUAUCUGCCACUCUCGAGCGAGGUGUACUGAGCAAGCAAGAAUGUCUCCAAUUAGCCACUCGAUUUGGUUAUUUGCUCAAAGAUCUUGAAGCUGCUCUGGUAUUCUUUGAUAACGUGUGUAUAGCGCACUACUAUCCCUCCAUUCUCCCCAACACAGUGUUUGUGGAUGCCCAGAUUCCACUAGACAAGAUCACCGAGCUCUCACAGCACGCCAUCUUCCUGAGGAAUGCUGAAGUCAAGUCACGCUCUACUCUAAGCACAGGAAUGACCAAGGCCGAAUGGAAGAGAUUUCGAGAUGAGGGCAUAAUCACUUUAGGGUUCCUUCGAUUCUUCACGAAGCAUUACGUUGAAGGCAUCUUUUCUCCAGAAGAUAUGCUGUUGAUCAUGAAAGAGCUUCUCGUGAUUGCUCCCAUUCCACUAGUGGAGUCCACUACCCACCAAGCCAAGUUCUUCAUGCCAUCUCUACUCACAUCGAUCCAACCUGCUGAGCUAGACAAGAUUCGUUCCUCCUUCACAAUAUCACCCUUCGCUAUCUACUUUCGUAGUGGGUGUAUUCGCUCUGGAGUAUUUUGCUGUCUAGUUGUGGACGUGAUCAAGAGGUUGGACUGGAAAGUUUUACUCCCCUCAGGGAAACCAAUCUGUUUUGCUAAAAAUUGUAUCCAGCUAAGAAUUCCCAAGCACCCGUAUACCGUGGCUCUGAUCGACUCCUUCUCGUAUAUCGAAGUGUACAUUGACGUCCCUUUUCCUUUACGCAAUGAAAUAUGCACUACGAUUCGCAACGAAAUUUUAAGCAGCAUUAAAUUGUCCUGUCAAGCGUUGCAUUACAACAACGACACACCCGAGACUGGCAUCUUUUGCCCAUGCAAGAAGAGCACUGGAAGCAAAUUGCACCUUGCUGAUCUGAGCGAACAGAAGGACUAUUGGAUAUGCUCCCAGGAGGCACGUGUGUAUGGGAAGCUCAGUGACGAACAUAGAAUCUGGCUGGACAAUAGCGAAGGUUCAGGUGAACCAUCCUCUGUUACGAGAGAUGUCACUGAAAGAACGAGUGAUCAGCUGCAAUACCCCGGUAAUUCUGUAAUGGAAGAUGUGUGCUUGAAGACGGAAGUACAUGAUCAUGAUCAGCGAAAUACUUCUAACCCUGCAAUGGAACAUGUGGUCAAUACAACGAGUGAUCAACAUACCAUAAUGGAAGAUGUGUGUAAGAAGACUGGAGUGAGGGACCAACAACUAGAUCAAGAAAUCCCUGAGAGUGACAUCAUUCUAAUCGCGGAGAAAUUUCCACACCUGCUGAGCGUGCACAAGGCUUUGACAAUUGACGAUCUGCAACAUGUCUACGAGAAGCUACACACUGCACAUGCAAGUGCCAGCCCUCACUGGUUCAAUCUGGGAUUGGCUCUAGGUCUAACUUAUCCUGUUCUCACCAAUAUCGAUAGCAAGCAUCGUGGCGAUAAUGUGGCGUGCUUGCGUGAAAUGUUGGCUGAGCUCCUGAGUACGCAAGAUGUAACAUGGAGUUUCCUGUCAGGCGCUCUCAAAAAGCCCACAGUGAAGCUCAUCAAUUUGGCUGAUAUCAUCACAACCACAACUCCUAACCUGCUGAAUCGACUCAACCUCACCCCAGCCGACCUUGGUGAUGUAACUGAUGUCACACGUCGUUAUGGCAAUCAAGCUGGAGUGGCUCAUGCAUUGGGAGUGUGGCAAAGUGUGAAUCCUUCCAGAGCUACCUUCAGGGCCUUGGUGGAAAUUGCCAUAGGACUGAGAAGAGGAGACACUGCUACAGACAUUUGUAGAUUCAUUGUAAAGAAUACGAGUUGAACUAACCAAAAUUGAUUUUUAUACAUAAAGUUUUAUUGAUACUAUUUUGUCUGUAAAUGCUUUGCUUUUCUGAACACAUUAUUGGUAGUCUCUUUGAGAA